CAAAAAACUCCAAAAAUGGACUUCACACUCUUCGAGAAGCACAGCAGCCGCAGCUUCGCCAAGCCGCGCAAUUCGAAGACCUUCGCCUCUAAGGAACUCCUCGCCUUGCUGGAGCCGGACGAGCCCGACCCGGUCCACAUCGCCAGCAGCAUCAUGACCGAAAUCCUGGACACCACCCUCGAGAAAAUCUACGAGCGCGACAUGGAGCGCCAGACCAUCAAGUUCGUGGUCCACUGCGCCCACCAAGCCCUCUUGAAGGCCCUGCGCAUCCACUUCUACCAGCACAACGACUACAUCCGCACCGACCAGUUCUGGGGCUCCGACAAGCACCUGGCGCCGUCGUCGCCCGACUCGUGGUCCUUCCACCAGGUGCCGCUGAUGCCGGUGUCCAAGUACAUGUCGCCCACCGAGCUAGAGCUGAACACUCUGAGCCUGAUCAAGCUGCAGGUGGAGGACAAGGGCGGAGUGCUCGUGAUGGGCGACGCCGCCGACACGGAGAGCUUGCCCCCGGGCUUGCUGGAGGACGUGAGGGCCCUCAUCGACGAGAUGAUCGACAACGUGCCGAUCUCCGACGACGAGGAGACGCCGCCGAGCGUGUCCGAGAUCAGCGCGUUCACGCUGGUGGUCGAGGGGAUGGAGCACUACAGUAAAUUUAAGAUGAGGCCCCAGGUGUCGCGGCUGUCGCUGGGGCCGUCGUUGUCGUCCAGGUUGCCCAGGAUCGACGUGCCGGAGUCGGGGGCGUCGAGGAAGAUCCAAAGCUCGACGGAGCUGACGGGGGAGGCCAUGCAGAAGCUGCCCCCUAUUAGGACGGACGCCAGCCACAAGUGUCGCUCGCUGCUGAUGGUCGAGAGCACGAAGAAGCCCAAGAGCAAGAAGGACGAACAUAAUAAUUAAUUCUGACAUUUAUUUAUACAUUAUGUUUAAGAUAAUAAUUAUAUUUUUGCUAUUUUUUCA